UGACAGUAAGAACACGGGACCAGGACUAGCUCCAUCUUAUAAGAAAUAAAACCCAAGGCCUAGGGUGAAGUGACUGGACGCAAGUUGUGGAGAGGUGAAUGCAGAGCUUGACCUUGCACUGAAUUCUUCUAGCGCUAACUCCAGCUGCUUUCCAACACAUCAAUACUGCCUUCUCAGUCUCCAAGUUUAAAGAGAAGAAAAAGAAGAUGUCCAGCUGCUAGCAUCGCAAAGAGAGCAAAAGUCCAAGUGGACUUUAUUUCUAGAGUGAGAUGGAAGGAGAAGCCCUAGCUAAGCCGGGAGAACGAAAGGUUGUCAACCAGAGGGCUGGAUGGAAAAUGCCCGUCCUCUUCAUACUGUGCCUGCUGCAAGCUGCAAAUGCAUUGAAGGGCCCGAGGAUGGUGUCUGGGGAGCCCGGGGACACUGUCGCCAUCCAGUGCCAUUACACCCCCUCGCCCAUCAACAAGCACCAGAGGAAGUACUGGUGCCGCCUAAGCCCCUGGACGGGGCUCUGCCGCACCAUUGUGUCCACCAAUCACUACACUCACCUUCACUACCGUGACCGUGUGGCUCUAGCAGACUUCCCACGGAGCGGCUUGUUUGUGGUGAGGCUGUCCCAGCUGUCCCCGGAUGAUGUGGGGUCCUAUCGCUGUGGUAUCGGAGACAGAAAUAACAUGCUGUUCUUCAGCAUGAGACUGAAUGUGUCUGCAGGUCCUCCCAGCACUAUCUCCAGAGUCACUCCAGCUGCUGGUGAGCUCCUCAGGAGAGCCUUUAGAAUGGCAUCUUCAGCGGCCAACAGCUGGACCCCAGGGACCACUCAGACUACAGAAAGGCAGGGGACAGGAUGGGAUAGAGUUGCUCCCACUCCAGAAACCAGCAAAAGAACAGCUUCAGCUAAGGGAAGACAAACUCCAGGAACCACUGGGGCUGUAGCUGCAGGGACAUUUAGCCAGGUAGAGACUUCUACCUGGGCAACAGUCCCCACUCCAGAGAGUGUGGCUUCAACAACCAGAGACGUGUCCAAUACAACAGAAGGCGUUUGGAUAGAGGGCACCAAAAGCUCAGUGGCAAACAGGUCUACAGCCAGUGAGGAAGGGAGAGAAGUAACAACUGCUGAGGCCGAUAGGCCAAGGGAGGAACUGGAGAGGGCCAAAGUAGCCCUGGAUGCAGACUGGACGGUCAUAGGAACAAUUAGGCCCUCAACUCUGGUCUCAGAAAAACGAGUGUGGACAACCCUCCAAGAAACAAGACUGGUUUCUAAGCCACAAGCCCUGGGCUCCGCUGAAGGAACGACCUCCGCGGUAGGUAUGUGGGUCUUGGGGCCCACCAGCAUAGAUAUGGCAUCUGCAGAAGGAAGCACUGAAGGGGACCUAGACACCCCUGCUGGAUACAGUGAUACCCAAGCAACUUCGAGCCAGGACCCAGCAGCAGGACCCCUGAGGCUCCCGGGCAAGGGUUCCUCUAUGAAGAGUGCUCCUCCAGAAAAGAAACACCUCUCUCGCAUCCUGACUCCAGUCUCUGCGGUGCUGUUCCCACUUGUGGCUCUUGUUCUAUUGCAAAGGAAGCUCCGGAGAAGGAAGACGUCUCAGGAGACAGAAAAGGCAGCAGGGGUCACCUUGAUUCAGAUGACACAUUUCCAGCCAGACCCGCGGCCCCGUGUGACAAGGAAGACGCUCCAGGAUGACUCUCCUCCUAUCCAGGCCACCAUGACUGUCCCAGAGAGGGACGCUGAACCCUAAGGAGUGGAAGAAUAUGCUGUUUGAUCACCAUGGAAGGGGAACCAAGACCGAACACCAUGACCCCAGCCUCUUCUCAUCCUUCCUCCACCUGCACAAAGAGAAGCUAAUGGAGCUGGAGCUCCACCUGGGAAAACAAAGCCUGACCAUCCUUGGGCCUAUGGAGGCCAAGCGUUUUCCAUAGCCAGAGGUGACAGAAUGGUGCAAAGAAGGCUUCGAGAAAGGAUUUAUUAAAUACUGGUGGAGGUCACCUAGGAAAAGUGUGGAGUUUCCAUUCCUGGAGAUUUGAAUAUUUAAUAGGUCUCCAAUCAGUGUGAGGAAUUACAGAUUCUCACCCAUCACUUCUAGCCCAUGCUAAUUGCCCCUUUUUCUGUUAGCAUUCAGCCUGCUGCACACAGUGAAUUAUAUCCAUAUGUGUACUAGUAGAUUCUGAGCUAGUAAUUGUGUUUUCUGGCAGUAAUUGUGUUUUAACCAUCUCAGUAUGUCCCCAGAGAACUUCCAACUUAGCAGGCGCCCCCAUAAAUACUUGUGACUGAAUGGCUGACUGGAAGGGCAUGGGCUCAGUGGCCUCUGGGGACUCUGUCCAUGCAGAUGCCCUGACUCCCCCUUCAUUUGGGAGUCCCCUGUAUGACUCCAUAGGCAGGUGGUUUCUACAAAGAGAUCAAAAGGAACAGCACCUAGUCCUCAAAUCAUCCCUUCCCAUUUGGCUCCAAACUCAUCAAGCUGUAGUCCUUUUGACCCAGUCAAGGUUUUCUGGAUUUUCCUAAAUUCAUGGAGGAGGAGGGUAUUUUUCAGUAAAGCCUCUCCUCCUUCACAAAGCUCUUCUUAUUCAACUGCUUAUAACUCCUUGAUAGCAAAGAUGUUGAUGAAGCUGAAAAAUGGUUGGGAGGGGUGGUGGUAAGAGAGAAGGUCGCCAAGAGGAAUUUGAUGUGGAUUCUGCUUUUGAACCACUUCAUCUCAUGCCUGUUGGGGGACUUUUGCUCCACGCUUGGUCCCCAUGUCUUUUUAGGAGGCACAUUUGCUAUUUUAUUCCAAAUCUGUUCACCAGCUGCCUGAACUUCAUGUUUGGGCAACAAAGCCUCUGAGCAAUGGAAGAGAAGGAAAAGGCUCCAAUAUCAAGUCGAGAAUUGUCAGGGAGACAUUCCCAGAAGGCUGAGCCCUGCCCCCUAAGCUGUCAGCAGCACCAGAAACCAUCUGUCAAUAUCUCCUCACCAUAGCUGGUGCUGAACCCAGACAUGGUCCCAAGAAAAUCAAGGAGAUGUUGUCUUCAUGGUUUGUGAGAAAGAGACCCAUUGUUUGGGAUAAGUAGGGGAUAAGCAUCUAACCAAAUGGAAUCAUGGAAUUCAGAGCUAGCCAAUCUAAA